GGUCAAAUAUCUUAACCAUACAUGUGUUAAAUGUUUUUAUUUUUAGAUGGUAAAGACUAUAAAUGAAGAAUAAACAUUCAUGAACAUGUUCAUCCUACUGACUAUCUUUACGAUGUUAUUCCUAAAUGCAGCAUACGAAUUCACCUGUCCAUCACAGGCACACUGGAAUAUUCGGGCAAAAUCCAUGUGUGAUCCUCCAAGAAAUUAUACCUGUUUAUUUAACGUAACUUUUAGAGUAAAUGUAUACAGAGAAAGAUGUAGAAGACCUAGACUUUUAGCACCUGGUCAUAAAUACGUCUUUCAGCCUGACUUAAACAAAGCAACAUGUAGUGAAACUCGAUAUCAGCCUUUUAAUUUUGACACUAUUGGGUACAGUGACUGCGCCUAUCAAAAAUCACUUUGUAACAGUUUAGGUCAGGAAGCAUAUACACGUACAAGUACGAAUGCAACGGUCAACAAAAAAUGUAUUUGUAAUACCGAUGGAGGAUAUGGAUUUGUCAGGAAAUCGCAAAACCAAUAUUACUGCAAUCCUUCAACUGAAGAUUGCUCUUGCUAUCAAGUAAUUAAUCCAUACAACAAAACAGGUGGACAGAAAGGUAUCAAAUGUUAUGAAGAAAAGACAAUGUGGAGAGGCAAUCACAAAAAAGAUAUAUUAAAUGUAUCGACAAUAACGAUCUUUGAGUUUGACAACUACAACUAUAACCUAAACUAUGUUCCAAGGAAUGAGUAUCGCAUCGAAGCAGUUAAAUGUGUUUUGAUAGCGUCUUUCAUUUACUGUAAGUAA